AAGAAUAGUUUGAGUCCUACACUCAGUAGCCUUGACUAUGCUGAGGAGAAUCAGGAGAAUUGUUUGAGUCCGUCUAAACUGAGUAACGUGCUAGCGGCAAUCAAAUCAUUAUCUUCCCUUUCUGUUGUAAUCGUUAGUGAUGGUAUGUGUUCAUUUUGGGAUGAGGUUGUAGGUGACUGUUUGAUAAAAUGCACGUCACUUAAGAAACUUAGUCUCUCAUUGAACGGGGGUAAAUCAGACUUUUAUUGCGCUUUUAGUGGCCUUUAUGAGGGCUUGGUGACAACAAGCUCAUUAAAUACAUUAUGUGUCGCAAUUUUUUUUAACAACCCCACUGAUAAGUGUUUUUCCAGGUUGUUCUUUGGUCUUAAUCAAGGUCUGUCAUUAAACUCGUCAAUAACUACACUGACACUAACAAUAACUGUGGCAGCAGAUGAAACAGGUGAUAUUAUUCGGCUGAGCAGUUUCGAUCACGGACUGUCAGUGAACACGUCAAUAACUACGUUAAUUAUCACAAUAAAUGAGUGUGGUGAUGGAGAAUCGUUUAUACCCCAGUUUCUUGGCGCCUUUGGAGUGGUGGAAGGCUUGGCAAAUAACACAUCAGUUACCACAUUCAAUCUGACACUCAACAGUAGCAAAGAAGUGAGUGAUGACUGGUUAACAGUCCUUUCCGUCAUCUUGAGGGCAAACACCUCAUUAACUACUCUGAGAUUAAAAGUGAACAACCAUUGUGCUACAGGUAAAAGUCGUUUAUAUGACUUUAGUAAACUUUUAAUAGAAAGCAGAACAUUAUCCUUACUUGAACUCGAU